GCAUAAAAAAAUCCAAUGAACCAGAGCAAGUAUUUACACAUAUAGAAAAGCAAUUUUGGCGUGUGGUGUACUCAGCCUGACUCCCUCUCUUCAAAAAAUCGUUCUGGUUGCGAAAUUUAUAUAUUUUGAACUAAAGAUGUCUCUCGUUGCUACCAGUAAGGACCAGUUCCAGCCGAUGCUCCGUCUGCUCAACACCAACGUUGACGGUAACGUGAACAUUAUGUACGCCCUGACCAAGAUUAAGGGUGUGGGUCGCCAAGGCGACAUUGAUAUCACCAAGCGUGCUGGUGAGGUCACCGCCGAUGAGCUCGAGCGCGUCAUUGAGAUCGUCCAGAACCCCCUGCAGUACAAGAUCCCCGCGUGGUUCCUGAACAAGCAGAGAGAUCACACCGAUGGCACUACCAACCAGCUGGUUGCCAACAACGUUGAUAUUGAGCUCCGCAAGGAUCUCGAGCGCCUGAAGAAGAUCCGCGCUCACCGUGGUAUCCGUCACUACUGGGGUCUGCGUGUCCGUGGUCAGCACACCAAGACCACCGGUCGUCGCGGACGCACCGUCGGUGUCACCAAGAAGAAGUAAAUUUUUUUUCGAGCGGUUUACUUUUUGUUUCGGCACUGCUGGACUGGUUAUUUUAUCUCGUUUUAUAAAUUUUUUUAGACGGGUAAAAUACAUUGACAUACUUCGUUAGUUGAAAAAAGAAAA